AUGCUAAUUACCAUCGACGAGAUACUAUUAAAGAUUGUCAGCCUUGGAUGGAACCUACCUGAAUUUACAGACGAAGUAAUACAAGGAUACACAGUGCAGUGUUGGUUCAUCGAGAACCUAAAAAAGAUUCAAAUCUGCGACAACAAAAGUAUCUCAGCUACAAUAUCGAAGUGCACAAUGCACAAUCUAAAAUCUAACACGACGUACUACUUUCAAGUACGAGCGCAUACUAAAGUUGGUGCUGGCUCUUACACAUAUUUAAUUAAUGUAUCGACUACGCACGAAAAUCCAAUACCGCAAUUAUUGGUGGAACAUAUUUCUGGUAUCGAUAUAUGGGAUCUGGAUUCAAACACCAGCGUUAGUCUCGUUAAGGGUUCAUCAUAUUUGGAUAAGGUGAUGAGUGCCACUUAUUCGAUAGCGGAACAUAAAAUUUAUUGGAGCAACUAUAAGAGGGACUUAAUGAUGUUGGAGAUGAAUGAAAACAAUAUUAUAGAAAUAGCUAAGUUUGAAAACAUUGCUUUCUGUCUCUGCAUCGAUUGGGUAGCAAGAAAUCUGUACUGGAUGGAAUUUGGGUAUUGGGAAUUUUUAUAACAUCAUAAAGCUUGACUUAACAAUGUGGGAAAAUGGCGUAGUCAAAUAUGAUAAGAUUUUAAAAA